UCAUCCAACUAGUUUAGGGUUUGAAGCCACAGUGUGCUUCCAGCUAUUUAGGGUUUUUAUCCUCCCCACCUGAUUUGCUGAGCGCCUGAACAUUUCUAGGAUCGGAAUUCAUCCAAUCCACCUCGGCUCUUGAGGCUCCAAAAGCCCAUCCUUCCGAAUCAAAGCCUUUGCUUAAAAGAUUCAUGCCUUUUGAGUUUCGUCAUUGAUAGAUACGAGCUUUUGUAUAUACAAGCGUGGGUGAGUUUGUGAGCAAGUGAGAGAGAGGGAGAGUAUUAAAUGGGGAAAUCAGGGGGCAGAAAGAAGAAGGGAGCUUCAAACCAAGUUUCUAGUGAUGGAAAUUCAUCUCCAAUGGCUAAUGGUGGUGUUGAUUUGGACUCUUCAGUCUUUUUGAAAAGAGCACAAGAGCUCAAAGAAGAAGGGAACAAGAGAUUUCAGAGUAAGGACUAUGUGGGUGCUCUUGAGCAGUAUGAUAAUGCUCUUAAGCUCACUCCUAAGAUUCACCCAGACAGGGCGGUUUUUCAUAGCAAUAGAGCCGCUUGUUUGAUGCAAAUGAAGCCUAUAGAUUAUGAAACUGUGGUUGCUGAAUGCACCAUGGCGCUUCAGGUUCAGCCCCGGUAUGUCCGGGCUCUCCUUCGGAGGGCUCGUGCAUUUGAGGCGAUAGGGAAGUAUGAAAUGGCAAUGCAGGAUGUUCAGGUGUUAUUGGGAGCUGACCCAAAUCACCGGGAUGCUUUGGAGAUUGCCCAGCGGUUGCGGACAGCACUUGGGCCUCGUCAGGAGGCUCAGCAGGACCUCCAUAGCCGCCCGUCCCCUGCUGCCCUUGGGGCUUCCGCAGUUCGCGGUGCUCCAAUUGCUGGGCUGGGGCCUUGUUUACCAGCCCGGCCAGCAGCAAAGAAGGCAGCUGCUUCAGCUGGGGGUUCUGGUUUAUCCCAAAUUAACAGGCCAGAGAAGCCACAAACAGUUCUACCGGCUGAGAAUGGACCUGAGCCCAAAACCCAGAUGCCAAAACUUGUAUUGAAGCCCACAAAUGCUUCUUCAAAAUCUCCUAAUCCAAGUAAGGCUAACCAGAAGGAGCCAUCAUCAGUUUCAUUGUCCAUUCAUGGGCAGCGUUCUGAGGCUGCAAAUCGAUGGAGACCGUUGAAGCUUGUUUAUGAUCACGACAUAAGGCUUUCACAAAUGCCUGUUAAUUGCACUUUCAGAGUGUUAAGGGAAGCUGUAACGAAACGCUUUCCAUCAUCAAAGUCAGUUUUGAUCAAGUAUAAGGAUAAUGAUGGUGAUUUGGUGACUAUAACCUCUACAGCUGAACUUAGGUUGGCUGAGUCUUGUGCAGACAGGGUCAUUCCAGAAUACCCUGAAAUAGAUAAAGCUGACUCGAUUGGAAUGUUGAGAUUGCAUAUUGUGGACGUGACUCCUGAGCAGGAACCACCUUUGUUGGAAGAAGAGGAGGAAAAAGCUGCCGAAAACGAGGGGAUCAAGGAAGAUGAAAGCAAUUCUAAUUCAUCACUUAGUGAAUCUGUUUUGGAAGCUGGUGAUUAUGAAACUGACAAGGUGGAGAAAGAAGCUCAAAAGGAGAAACCAGGAGCCUCAGAAGAUCCUGAGUGCAAGGAAUUGGAAAUGGAUGAUUGGUUGUUUGAGUUUUCUCAGCUUUUCCGCAGCCAUGUCGGUAUUGAUCCAGAUGCUCACAUUGAUUUGCAUGAGCUUGGAAUGGAGCUUUGUUCUGAGGCCCUUGAAGAGGCAGUAACUAGUGAAGAAGCUCAGGGUCUUUUUGACAAGGCUGCCUCAAAGUUCCAGGAGGUGGCUGCAUUGGCUUUCUUUAAUUGGGGAAAUGUUUAUAUGUGUGCGGCAAGGAAAAGGAUUCCCUUAGAUGAGUCUGCUGGAAAGGAGGUAGUGGAAUCACAGCUUCAAACGGCUUAUGACUGGGUCAAGGAAAAGUAUUCCUUGGCCAGAGAGAAAUAUGAGGAGGCACUGUCGAUCAAGCCAGACUUUUAUGAGGGGCUGCUGGCCCUGGGGCAGCAGCAAUUUGAAAUGGCCAAACUUCAUUGGUCAUUUGCACUUGCUAAGAAAAUAGAUCUCUCAAGUUGUGAUUCCACAGAAAUGCUGAACCUUUUUGACAGUGCAGAGGAGAAGAUGAAAGUUGCCACUGAGAUGUGGGAGAAGCUGGAGGAGCAGAGAGCAAAGGAACUAAAGGAUCCAAGUGCAAGCAAGAGAGAAGAAUUGUUGAAAAAAAGGAAAAAACAAGGAAGCGGUAAUGAAGGAGAGUCCUCUGGAGCAUCUGGUCAGGGUGAGAUUUCGGCAGAUGAAGCAGCAGAACAGGCAGCUGUUAUGAGAUCACAGAUCCAUCUUUUCUGGGGUAACAUGCUUUUUGAGCGAUCUCAGGUUGAAUGCAAAUUGGGGUUGGAUGGUUGGAAGAAAAACCUGGAUGCUGCUGUCGAGCGCUUUAAGCUUGCUGGAGCUUCUGAGGCUGACAUUUCAUUGGUUUUGAAGAACCAUUUCUCCAAUGGCGAUGGAGUUGAGGGAGAUGGGAAAAAGGUUCAGAAUUUAGGCAGUGACGUACCUGUUGAAGCCAAUAAAGACAAUGAGAUUCUUUCAGGGAAGUGAGAUAAUUUAUUUUAAUGGUGGCUUCCGUGAAUAAUCUUCAAUUUGUGCUUGUUAAUCAUGAGAAUAAACUGGAGAGAGGAAGUGCUUUAGUUUUCUGUACUGAAUGGAGGAAUGCUGGAAUUCUUUUUGUUCAGUUCUGAAAGAUUGGGUGCCAGAAUAUGCAGCUGUGUACUCAACAAGAUUUUGGGCAAUGUUCUUAUGGUAAAGAUUACAUGUUGUAAACAUUUUUUUUCGCAAGGCUGAUGAGUUUUAAGUGUCAACUUUAUGUGCGUAGGGUCUUAGUUUUAGCUUGCCGCUCCACUUCAGUGCAGUGUGGUUUAUAAAUGCUAAUCUUUAUUUUUAC